AUGGCCUCAACAAACACUUUUUCUGACUUUAAAUUAGCUUCUGAUUUACCAGCCUGGGCUAAAUUACAAGCUUUGUAUGACAAAUCCGGUAAAGACAUUUCUGUCAAAAAAGAAUUUGCUAAAGAUCCUAAAAGAUUUGAAAAAUUCUCCAAGACUUUUACCAACUACGAUGGUUCUAAGAUAUUGUUUGAUUUCUCUAAGAACUUGAUCAAUGAAGAUGUUUUGAGCCAAUUGAUUGAAUUAGCCAAGGAAGCUAAAGUUACUGCCUUGAGAGAUGCUAUGUUCAGUGGUGAACACAUCAACUUUACUGAAGACAGAGCUGUUUAUCAUGUUGCUUUAAGAAACAGAUCUGACAAACCAAUGAAGGUUGAUGGUGUCAAUGUUGCCCCAGAGGUUGACUCAGUCUUGGAACAUAUGAAGGAGUUUUCUGAACAAGUUCGUUCUGGUGCUUGGAAGGGUUACACUGGUAAGCGUAUUACUGAUGUUGUUAAUAUUGGUAUUGGUGGUUCUGAUUUGGGUCCAGUUAUGGUUACUGAAGCAUUGAAGCACUAUGCUGGUCCAUUAAAGGUACACUUUGUUUCUAACAUUGAUGGUACUCACAUUGCUGAAACUUUGAAAGUUGUUGACGCAGAAACUACCUUAUUUUUGAUUGCUUCCAAAACCUUUACCACUGCUGAAACUAUUACUAAUGCUACUUCUGCUAAGAAUUGGUUUUUGAGUAAAACCGGCAACAACCCAGCUCAUGUUGCCAAACAUUUUGCUGCUUUAUCCACAAACGAAAAGGAAGUUGCCGCAUUCGGUAUUGAUACUAAGAACAUGUUUGGUUUUGAAAGUUGGGUUGGUGGUAGAUACUCUGUCUGGUCCGCUAUCGGUUUGUCAGUUGCUUUAUACGUUGGUUAUGACAACUUUGAAAGUUUCUUGAAGGGUGCUGAAGCUGUUGACAAGCACUUUACUGAAACACCUUUAGAGGACAAUAUCCCAUUAUUAGGUGGUUUGUUGAGUGUUUGGUACAACAACUUUUUCGGUGCUCAAACCCAUUUGGUUGCUCCAUUUGACCAAUACUUACACAGAUUCCCAGCCUACUUACAACAAUUGUCCAUGGAAUCCAAUGGUAAGAGUGUUACCAGAGGUAAUGUUUUCACCAAUUAUUCUACUGGUUCAAUUUUGUUUGGUGAACCAUGUACAAAUGCUCAACAUUCCUUUUUCCAAUUGGUUCAUCAAGGUACCAAAUUAAUCCCAAGUGAUUUCAUCUUGGCCGCCCAAUCCCACAACCCAAUUGAAAACAAAUUGCACCAAAAGAUGUUGGCUUCAAACUUUUUUGCUCAAGCUGAAGCUUUAAUGGUCGGUAAAGACGAAGCUCAAGUUAAGGCUGAAGGUGCUACUGGUGGUUUAGUUCCACACAAGGUUUUCUCUGGUAACAGACCAACCACCUCUAUUUUAGCUCAGAAAAUUACACCAGCUACCUUAGGUGCUUUGAUUGCCUAUUAUGAACAUGUUACCUUUACUGAAGGUGCUAUUUGGAACAUUAACUCCUUUGACCAAUGGGGUGUCGAAUUGGGUAAGGUUCUAGCAAAGGUUAUCGGUAAAGAAUUGAGUGGUAGCAACAAGAUUGAAUCACACGAUGCAUCUACUAAUGCUUUAAUCAACCAAUUCAAAGAAUGGAUGUGA